GCCUAGAGGCUCAGAGCCCUUCUGUGGCUGGCAGAGAAGACCAUGCCCAGGAGCCGCUGACCCUCAGCUGCCAGUUCAGACCCAUGUCAUCAGGCCCAGAAGUAGGGCACGUGGCUGUGCUGCCCCCUUGCCGGAGCAGCUCCACAGCAUCCUCCGUGCCUGGGUCCUCCAGCUUGGCCAGUAGCCCCAAGUCCCCCUGCACCCCCAGCUUGGAGCGGGUGGCCUCGCCACUGGAGUGCUCCAUCUGCUUCUCAGGCUAUGACAACAUCUUCAAGACACCGAAGGAGCUCUCCUGCACCCACAUCUUCUGCCUAGAAUGCCUGGCUCGGCUGGCAGCUGCCCAGCCCAUAGGCCGCCCUGGCACAGAGGCUGUUCCCUGUCCAUUCUGUCGGCAGCCCACCGCUGUACCAGCUGCUGGGGCCCCUGGGCUUCGUACCAGCCGCCAGUUGCAGGCCAAGCUGCCAGUGCACCUGCGGCGGGAGGAGCCAGUGUGGCUGGAGGGUACCAAGCUGUGCUGCCGCCCACCACUUACCAUACCUGGCCAGGAGGCACCUGGUUUCCUGUGUGUGGAGGUAGGCCUAAGCAAGCCUGCUGAGUCCAUACCUCCAGUGCCUGUCCCGGACCCUGCCCCACGCCGGGGCUGCCUGGCCCGCUUGGCCCGCUGCUGGGAACGAUGUGCAGAUUGGCGGCGCCUGGCACUGGUCUCAGUGCUGCUACUGGUGCUUUUCUGCGUGGUACUGUGGCCAGUGCAGUGUGCCCUCAAGACUGGAAAUCUGCGCUGCCUGCCCCAGCAGCAUGUAGCCACUGCCACCACUGCUGCCACUGGCCUCUCCCUCCAGCCUCUAGCCAACAACUAGGGUCACCAGGUGUACGUGACCAGGGAGUAGAGGUGGCCAGACCUACGCUCCCACCUCCAAGCCUUGGAGGUCACAGCCAUGACUACCACUAGCUGUCAGCCCCAGGACUCCAGUGAAGACUGGAUUCUGAUAGGGUGGACAAAGGUCCCACAAAGGGUCCCAGAACCACAUCUCCUGUAGGCCAGAAACAUCCCUGCUAGUAAGCUGUUGGCGAAGGGGCCCAGGAGAUGCCCGGUGCUGCCCUAGACCUCCCCAGACACUGUGAAUUGCCCAGAAGAGGAGCUGGCUAUCCCCUCCCUCCAUGCUGAAAUUUCACCAAGGUCUUCCCUGAACCCUCUCUAGGCAAGGGAGAGGCAGGACAGCCCCAUGCCAGUCCAGCAGAAAUCCCCAGCAGUCCCUCCUGCCCUUGUAAA